CGGAAAGAGAGAAAACAAGCCACCGCCGCGGGUACCGAGUCCGCGCGCCGACCGUCAACGUUUGGUAUCAACGGUUUCGCGUCUCUUCUGUGACGGUUUUCCCGGACCUCCAAACACUUGGAAAAGUUUUUCUUUUGACGAAACCACAGGUUGGUGUAGACUGUUGCGUUGCCAGUCUGGUGUCCCAGUUUGGAGGCAGGCUGUCCCGGGACAGACGCACACAUCUGUAAUAACAGAUACACGGUCACAGCGACUCACACACACAAGCCCCCGGGGAGGAGGACUGUGCGUGUCACCAUGCCUGUGCGACAGAAAGAUGCUCAGCGAGCCCUGGAGCUUCUCCAGCAGUACAGGGCCAAACUUAACCAGAGACAGCAGAACCAGAGCCGGACCAAACAGGGCCUUGUGGAGGAAGACCACCAGCUGCAGCAGUCUCUGGACAGAGUCAUCAAUGUCUUCCAAAGUCAGCUCUUCAGUGCUCUGCUUGACAUUCAGGAGUACUACGAGCUGACCAUCCUUGGAGACACUAAGUGUUCUACGGACCAGACAGAUGGUCCGUGGAACCUCGCUGCUCCCUGUAACCUGCCAGCAGAGCUCUCAGCCCAGCCACAGCCUUCCACUGGUCCCCUGAGCCUCCAAGCUUCUGGAGGACCAUCCCAGCCGAAACCUCUGGCCCCCAGACCCAAGUCAAUCAAGUCCCCUGCCCCACCAGUCCCAUCUGGAACACCCACAACACAGCCAUCUUCCCCUACGACACAGUCCAUUACACCUCAGUCACAGCCAGCCAAGGUCAAGUACCGUGCUCCACUCCCUCCUGUCCAUCCUGGGGCCACCAAAUCAUCAGUAUCAGGGACUCCUAAGCCCUCUUCCCCCUCUGCUGCCAUAUCUCCUAAAGUCACAGUGAAUGGUGCAGAAACCCCCACUGGCUCCAUAAAAACACCUCCUGGAGUACCAAUAAAUAGAACAAAACCACAUCUCACUGCCACAAACUCUCUUUCGUCAGAAAGCCCCACCCCCUCUGCUAAUCCACAAAGCUGUUCUGUCUCUCCAGACCUCAAUCUGGUGACUGUCUCAGCCCUUGUCUCCAGCACCAUCCAAGGCCUUGUGUCUCCAGCCACUCCAGACAAACUUACUCCCACCAGCCCAGGUCUCAGCAGAGUCACAGACGCUACCACGAUAUCUACAGCUCCUGCAACUAACAAGGACCCAUUCAUAGGCAAAGUCACUCCCAGCCUGAGUCCAGCUAGCCCCAGCCAGGGAAAGUUUACCUUCAGCAGCCUCAGCCCCACUGUUCCUCCAGGGCCUUUGAAUAAAGGGCCUAAUCUGAGUCCAACCAGCCCUGGGCUAGUUAAAGUCACCUCCACUAACCCCAGCCAUGGUCCAGCCAGCCCCAGGCCAGCUACAAACCCACUGACCCCCAACAAGGCCAACCCCCCUCCAGUGGUGGUCAACACCGACAGCGUCGACACCCCCCCAUAUGUCAAUGGAACAGAAGCAGACUAUGAGUAUGAGGAAAUCGCGUUGGAGCGGGGUAACUCAGGUCUGGGCUUCAGUAUCGCUGGAGGGACUGAUAACCCUCACAUCGGAGAAGACCCCUCAAUCUUCAUCACCAAGAUUAUACCUGGAGGGGCUGCAGCCCAGAAUGGACGACUCAGGGUGAAUGACUGUAUAGUCCGGGUAAAUGAGGCAGAUGUCAGGGAGGUGACCCACAGCGGGGCUGUGGAGGCGCUGAAGGAGGCGGGAGGUCUGGUCAGGCUAUGCAUAAGACGCCGGAGGAGCCUCACUGAGAGAAUCAUGGAUAUCAAGCUGGUCAAAGGGCCUAAAGGUUUAGGAUUCAGUAUAGCAGGUGGAGUCGGAAACCAACAUGUCCCGGGCGACAACAGUAUCUACGUGACCAAGAUCAUCGAGGGAGGGGCUGCACACAAAGACGGACGGCUACAGAUAGGGGACAAACUUGUUGCUGUUAACGCUUCCUGUUUGGAGGAGGUAACUCAUGAGGAUGCAGUGGCUGCCCUGAAGUCGACUCCUGACGUCGUUUACCUCCGUGUGGCCAAACACACCUCCCUUUUUAUCAAUGACAACUUCCCUCCACCCGACGUCACUAAUUCGUACUCACCACAUCAAGACAACCACAUAAGCCCCUACAUGAGCGGCAGCCAGUCUGUAAGCCCCGCCCCAUUGACCACGCCCAGGUACUCACCGCUGCCCAGGGCCGUGACUGGAGACGACGACAUGCCCAGGGAACCUAGGCGGGUGGUGCUCCAGCGGGGUUCCACGGGUCUUGGUUUUAACAUAGUUGGAGGGGAGGAUGGAGAGGGAAUCUUCAUCUCCUUCAUUCUUGCUGGAGGUCCAGCAGAUCUUUGUGGGGAGCUACGAAAGGGAGACCGCAUCCUGUCGGUGAAUGGUGUGGACCUGUCCAGUGCAACACAUGAGCAGGCAGCCGCCGCUCUGAAGAACGCAGGACAAACGGUUACCAUAGUAGCACAGUACAGACCUGAGGAGUACAGUCGAUUCGAGGCGAAGAUCCAUGACCUGAGGGAACAGAUGAUGACCAGCAGUGUCAGUUCCAGCUCCACGUCGCUCCGCUCCACACAGAAACGCACACUUUACGUCAGAGCGUUGUUCGACUACGAUGGGAGUGCUUCAGAUCUGACCACGCCCAAUCAGGCCCUGCCUUUUCAUUUCGGGGAUAUCCUCCACGUGAGCAGCGCUGGCGAAGAGGAGUGGUGGCCCGCCCGCCACCUCAGCCCCCCACCUCCAAACUGCCCUGAAGUCGGAGUCAUCCCAAGCCGCAGGAGGGCAGAGAAGAAGGAGAGGUCGAGGUUGAAGACGGUCAGAGUGACGAGGUCUCAGGACAGAUCGGAUCAGGAUGACAAAGAGCUGGUAACCUCUGGCACCAGCGAUAGUGAGAGUUGUUCCUCUGGCCAGGAGGAGACCCUCCUCACCUACCAACCUGUCAUGCAGCAGGAAGUUAAUUACACGCGGCCAGUCAUCGUGCUCGGACCAAUGAAAGAUCGGGUCAACGAUGACCUCAUCUCCGAGUUCCCUGACAAGUUUGGCUCCUGUGUCCCACACACAACGCGGCCACGGCGAGACUACGAGGUGGACGGCAGAGAUUACCACUUCAUGUCCUCCAGAGAGCUCAUGGAGCGAGAGAUCCAGGAGCACAAGUUCAUAGAGGCUGGACAGUAUAACAACCAUUUGUAUGGAACCAGCAUACAGUCUGUCAAAGAGGUCGCUGACAAGGGUAAACACUGUAUACUGGAUGUAUCGGGGAAUGCCAUAAAGCGUCUCCAGAUGGCAGGCCUCCAUCCCAUCGCUAUCUUCAUUCGACCACGCAACGUCGACAACAUCCUAGAGAUGAACAAGCGCUUCACUGAGGAGCAGGCGAGGAAGACCUUCGACAGAGCUGUCAAACUGGAGCAGGAGUUCACAGAGUACUUCACCGCUAUAGUCCAGGGCUCGUCUCUAGAGGAAGUGUAUUCGCAGGUGAAGCAGGUCAUUGAGGAGCAGUCUGGUCCUUACAUCUGGGUGCCCACCAAGGAGCGACUCUGAAGAAACACACAUACUACAUGAUCACACACAUCACUCCUUCAACACUUCCUACUUCUCUGAUUUUCUAUUAUCAGCCUGCGCCCUCUCUCUCUCCCUCUCUCUUCCAGUACACAUUUACACAAGCACAUAACGGCGGACUAGGCUGGGACUAUCUGGGACUGCUGCUUCCUGAAGGGGGAGCAGCUAAAGUCUGUUCAGCAGCCUAUCGGUGGAUCGUCCUACAGCUCGGUUCCUUAAUGUUUAAGGAGGUGGUUCAAAUCAAGGCGACACGUACCAUUAUCUGAUUUGAUUUCAUUAUUGUUCUUCUUAUUGUUGUUGUCGUUGUUGUUUUCAUAUUAACGAAGGGUAAUGCACUCAUGUAUGGGUUUGUAAUGAUAAUAUUGUCACCAAGAGGCAGACUUUUGCACGCUGUAGCUUUAAGAGCAUGUUUUUGGGACAAAAUCUUGAUCUCCCUCCCUGUCUGUCUGUCUGUCUGUCUCUCUCUCUGUCUUCCCUCAUGGCAUUGCUCCUGCUUAGAGUUUCUCUCUUUCUUGUCUUUCUUCUAUCUUCCUGUCACAUCCCAUCCCUUCCUCCUCCUUUCCUCUUUAGACGAUCUACAAACUUUAGAUAUGAGAUGAUAAUGUGCCCCGCCAUUUUGGUUAUCAAGGGCCAAAGUGAAGCUAUGGCACAAUUACCGUUUAGAGAUGUAGCAUGAAAAUAAUCAGAAGACAAUUGUUGAUGUUCCUUCUAACUGCCAGAAGUUCUAAAUGAAAGCGUAUAUAUGAAACUAAAUUAGAUUGCUGGACAAUAGAUGAGUAUGAAGUACUCUCUUGCCAUUUUGUCUUUGGAUGUCCAAAAACAAAUUGAGUAAAUAGUCCUCAAAAUAGUGUUAGAGUCUAUUUGGAGGGCCUGGGCCCAUAUUUGACACUUUUUUUAGAAUUAUGCAAAUUAUAUUUAAAAAAUGAUAUUUGUUAAAAGUAAAGAUUAGGGUGCGUUUAUGAAGCAUCUCAGUCCUUUUCACAGUGACGUGUAGAAGUGACCGUUAAGAGAAGCUUUUAAAGAUCAUAUGAUCAUUUCCAGUUAUGCCCAGAGGAUGAACAGCCAAUCAGAGACAAGGAUUUACUGAACAUAUGCUCUAUUCGUUGUUAGUAAAAAUGUGUAAAAAUCACAACCUAGAAUGUCUAUAACAUAAAAUUAUAAAUAAUCUGGAUAAAACAACUGGAAAUGAACAAAAAGAAAAAAUGGAGCAGGAAAUAAAUUCUGCUAUUAGUAGACUCAGUACACCAGAGAAUGACGGUCAUUGCAAACAAAAUCAGUGACAGCUUUAUUCUUGUUGUUUGCACCCCUCAAAUCACAUGCAGAUGGCAGGCUAAAGUUACAUAAGUCUGAAUUACAUGUAUUGCUUCAGCUUUGACCAAAUUUAGGAGUAUUUAGAGAGUAUAGCUUACAUUUUUAAGGCCCGGUGGAAGUAAGAGUGAAGGAAUUUUGCUUUUAUCUUUAAUUUCAGUCCAACAGUUGGAUAAAUCCGGGCCCAGACCCUCAGCUUUAAAAACUUGGGUCUGUACUACCCAAGUCUUCUUCCCACAAGGGCUUCUCUGCCUCCCCUCCUCCUCUUCGUCCUCCUCUCUUAAUCAUGCCUUCACCUCUCUCCUCCUCCUCCCCUUCUCCACAUUCACGGUGUGACAUUGGUUGAGCACUCCAGCAUUAAACAGUGUAUCAUCUUCUUCAUCAACACCAUCAUCACAAUCAUAAUCAUCAGCAUCAUCGUUAUAGCUUUCCUUCUCACUGUAGUUGCACUAUUGAGGGCCGGUUUCUUAAAAGCAUCUUAGCCUGACAGAACUGAUACCAUCCCAGUGUUUUUGGUAUUCAGAUGUGUGAUGCACUCACUUUUCUUUCAGCUUCCAGUGAUGAUUAUGCUGGUUUGACACAGAUAAAGAGGUCAGGGAACACCUUUUGGUUCAUUUGCUGUAUGUCAUGCUAUUGUUGCAUUAAAGACAUCAGUUAAAUGGCAGGACUAACUAUUCAGCUGCAUUAGCUCUUUUUGCAAGACGUUUUUUUUUCGUGCUAGAUUUAUACGUUGGAGCCUUCAGUCCCAGUGUGCAUAAAAUAACACCCGAAGCACCAUUUGUGACCUCAGCGGUCCAUAUGUUGCACCAUGAUACAGGCACACAGUGGACAAACAAAGCGUAAUGUUUCUACCUGUUAUCCAGCAAUCGGUUGUACCUUCAAAGGUAUUUUCAUCAUCCCAUGGAUGUGUCCAGUCUGCCCAGGAACAAAUAAUGUUAAAGCAGUGUCUAAAUCACACACUUAACACACACAGACUCCCCCAGCCACUGCCACAGUUGGCUUAAAGACACCCUGUGGAGUUUUGGACCGCAAACUUUGAUGCAGAGUGAAUUUCCACAGAAAUGGCUUAUCCUGAUGCACUGUCUCCUGAAAUUGGUGCUACAACAUGCAACUCUACAGUAUAACUAGCCUGUCAAUGCUGGCUCUGUCAGUCGUGUGACUCCUGCUUUGCACAUCUGUUGUCUGUAGCGGUCUUUCCAGAGUAUUUGCUGCUUGUAGCAGAGAGGCUUUACAACAGGUGAGCGCACGUCACAGAAUAUAUUAACUUCAUAUAAAUCCUCACAGUGUUGUAUGCAGGACAGCACAGGCCUGGGUUGAAACCCUGACUUCUUUUCCUCUUCAUCUUUUUCAGCUCUGCAGCUGUUUAUUGUCCUGUUCUUUUUAUGAAGCUAGUUUACAUUGUGUGGUUAAUACUUCUGGUAGCUUAAAUAGUGCUACGGAGCAGUGUUUUUACCUGUUUUGUUUGUAUCAUGCAUGAGCACGAGGACACCUGUGGGCAGUGUAACUCAUGUUGCCUUUGGUUUCACGCUGAUCGACAAUUUUGGCAGGAUCAGCUGUGAAUGUAACUUUCAUCUGUUUGCAAAAAAACCUGUCACAGUCCGGGGAAAUGAACUGUUCAAAUGUGGGUUUAGCUCCAGGCAAACGUUUUAUCUUUCUGGGCAGAGAGUAGACAUCCGUGAGAUAACGAAAAUACCUUCGAAGACACAAGCCUCUGCUGGGUAGCAGGCAAGAAAAUAACGAUUUGCCUGCUUUAAGGGAUAAAGCAACUGUAAUCAAUGUUGUUACAAUAACAAUAUAUCAAAUGACAAUGUGAAAACAGCGUGACAGUGUGAAAGGGGUUGCUUGUAGUGAUGAACCUAUAGAGAAUAAACCUGUGAAUCUGCAGCUCCCCUCAGCUUUAUGGAGCUUUACAGCAAUACUGUUCAUUGUUUAGCUGUCUGGCUGCAACUGUUUUGGUUCACUGUCAGUGCUCUUGUGGCAUCGUUUUCAGUGACAAGGCUCUAAAAACCCACCCUACACCCCCUGCUCAGCAGCAAACAGCAGACAGACGAAGUGAGCGACUAGCUGGUGAACACAGUGGAGCAUUUAGCAGCUAAAGAGCCAGAUAUUUCCGUCAGGAGUAGAAACAGAGCUAAAAGAGAGUGAAGUCACAAAUGGGGGCUAACCUGACACUGUCAAGCGUAACAUUUGAAAUAUCGAGAUGCUUUUGGUAACAGAGCCCCUGUAUGGACCUUGUCAGCUAUCCGUUUCCCAUCACCACCCUCAACCCCCCGAGGCGACUCCUCCAAGCUGACUGGAGACCGGAGACAUACGGAGAGGCCAUUCUGUCAACACAGUAGCUCUUAGACCCAAAUAAUAAAUAGCUUUGACCACAUGUGUUUUGAAAGCUUUAAUAUGUCCUCACAGAAUGUUCAGCUCAAGGAUUUCUUUCCAUGUAUAAUCCUCUAUGAAUCGAGUAAACCACGGUGAUGUUGCCAGUUGGCAGAACCGGACUCUCUGUAUGCCUCCGGCUGUGUGUUUUAGCCAGGGGACCAUGCCACUGUCUGUUAGAGUAAAGCACCGAUGCAAAGAAUCUAUUAAAGAGAUGGAUCUAUAUCUAACAUGUUAUAAUAUUUAUCCCUGCUCUAACUGCCUAUUUUGGUACAAAAAAAUAAAAAUAAAAGUCUUUAUUGAGAUUUACUGAAAUCCUCGACUGAUGACCGGAGAUAAUUAUUGUUUGUUUUGUGUUGUGGAAUGUAUGAAUGUGAUGUAUGAAAUAUAUGAUAUAAUAACUGUAAAUAUGAAUAUAUUUUUCUCUGCUUUUGCCUCUGCGGCAGGUUUCUACUGGUUUCUAAUGAUGUCUAAUGUGGUUCUGUGCAGCAGAGACAGUCAGCUU